CACAGCAUGACUUGGAUGUUUAUCCAAUAUACCAUCUUCAGAGACAGCAGAGCCUGAGGAGGCCCUGGCCACUGAGAAAGAUGAGAAGAGGAGACAUGUCUCUUUUAAAGCAGCAGUCAAGUCCUUGCUUGGGAAAGAACAUGCCUCGUCAAUUCCCGAAGGUAACUCUGAGUGAGGCAGAAGAGGCGACACAACUGUUAACAGAGAAAGUGUAUGCGUCAGCGCUAAAGGAAGAAGACAACAAGGAUGUCUUAUCGAUGUUCACCGUGCCUGAGGACUGCCCAAUUGGCUUCCAGCAGGCCAAGGACCGUGAAAUGCUGAAGGAGCUGGCAGAGCAACAUUCAGAGGAGAGCACCAAGAGGAAGAAAAGCUUGAAGGUGAUUCGUUCCCAGUCAAUGUCCCUGCUGAUGCCAGUGAAUACAGAUGGUCCGCGGUCAGGGGCAGCCACGCCAUACAUGUCCCCCAGCUCCACCUGCUCAUCACUGCCAGAAAACUUCCCUGAUUACCAGAGGGUCACUAUUAGUGGUGAUUACUGUGCGGGAAUCACAGUGGAGGACUAUGAACAGGCAGCCAAAAGUCUGUUUAAGGGUCUGCUUAUUCGCGAGAAAUACUCAAAGCUAGCCUACCAUAGAUUCUGCAGAACCACAGCCCAGUUCCUCCGCAGCGCUGACUGCACGAGCUGGAGCGAAGAAGAUGAGGUUCUUCCAGAUAUGUGCCCGUGUCCAACAGAUGGAGAAGAUCCCUACAGCAUUCAGAACAUCCCUGAGAAUCUGAACUAUGAACUGAAGAUGAAGGAUGGCAUAGUGUAUGUGUAUGACAAUGCCGAGGCUCUGAGAGGAAACCAGCCCCAUGACCUUCCUUACCCAGACUUAGAGACCUUUGCCAUAGACUUCAGUCAUGUGCUGGCAAUGAUUGCAGACGGACCAACGAAGACGUACUGUCACAGACGACUCAAUUUCUUGAGUUCAAAGUUCUACCUCCACGAGAUGCUCAAUGAGAUGGCUGAGCUAAAGGAACUGAAAAGUGUGCCUCACAGAGAUUUCUACAACGUUAGGAAGGUGGACACGCAUAUUCAUGCAGCUGCCUGCAUGUCUCAGAAACACCUGCUGACCUUCAUUCAGACAACAUAUAAGACAGAUGCUGACUGUGUGGUGUUAGAAAAGGCCGGACAAAAGAUGACCCUCAAGCAGGUUUUCCACAGUCUCAAUAAGGACCCCUAUGACCUUACCGUGGACUCUCUGGAUGUACAUGCUGGCCGGAAUACCUUCCACCGGUUCGAUAAGUUCAAUUCAAAGUAUAAUCCAGUGGGAGCUAGUGAACUUCGAGAAAUCUUCCUGAAAACAGACAACCUCAUGAACGGAGAGUAUUUUGCUCGCAUCAUAAAGGAAGUGGCCCAUGACCUGGAGGAGAGUAAGUACCAGCAUGCAGAGCCUCGCCUUUCCAUCUAUGGUCGCUCCCCAGAGGAGUGGGACAGUCUGUCUCGGUGGUUUAUUCACCACAAAGUACACUCUCCGAACAUGAGGUGGAUCAUCCAAGUGCCCAGAAUAUAUGAUAUUUUCAAGGCAAAGAAACUGGUACCUAACUUUGCCAAGAUGCUGGAGAACAUAUUCCUUCCUCUAUUUGAGGCCACUGUUAACCCACAGAAGCACAAACAACUUCAUGUUUUCCUCAAAUAUGUGUCAGGGUUUGACAGCGUAGACGAUGAGUCCAAACACAGCGAUCACAUGUUCUCCUUCAGGAGCCCAAAGCCAGAACAGUGGACAGCAGAUGACAACCCUCCAUACAGCUACUACAUCUUCCACAUGUAUGCAAACAUCAUGGUCCUCAACAACCUCAGGAAAGAGCGUGGACUGAGCACCUUCCAGUUACGUCCCCACUGUGGAGAAGCUGGAUCAAUCACCCACUUGGUCUCUGCCUUUCUCACAUCAGACAACAUCUCACAUGGACUCAACUUGAAGAAGAGCCCUGUGCUGCAGUACCUGUACUACCUGGCCCAGGUGCCAAUUGCAAUGUCUCCACUCAGCAACAACAGCCUGUUCCUGGAAUACUCCAAGAAUCCUCUCCCAGAGUUCCUGCACAAAGGCCUGUGUGUGUCCCUGUCCACAGAUGAUCCCCUGCAGUUCCACUACACCAAGGAACCACUGAUGGAAGAGUACGCUAUCGCAGCUCAGCUGUGGAAGCUCAGCACCUGUGAUGUGUGUGAAAUAGCCAGAAACAGUGUGCAGCAAAGUGGACUGUCUCACCAGGAUAAGAGGCAGUUCUUAGGAGUGAACUAUCUGAAAGACGGACCUGAAGGGAACGAUAUCCGUCGGACCAAUGUCGCCCAGAUCCGCAUGGCCUACAGACACGAGACUCUGUGGAAUGAACUCAGCUUCAUGGUCGAUGCAGUGAAGUUUGAAGCUAUGAAUUCCCAGUGUGAAUAAAAUGGACCUUGUAUUAGACAAGCAUGCUGAGCUCUCAGUAAUCAGCAUUUACCUUUAUUUUGAAAAGUGCCAGUGAGUGACUGUGAUGAUAAAAUGAAAAAUACAAUAUCCUCAAAGGUUUAGACAAAAGCUGUGGGAAGUACAUUUAAUCGCUUGUGAUUAAACAAACCCACAAUGUAUAAACAACUGUGCCUUACACUCGUAUGUCGUAGAAACAGUUUAAAACUUGACGUUUUUCCAGUUACUGUAUACACUGUACACCAGACACAAGAACACUUAUGGUUGAGAGAGCGUUACAUAAUGAGACGGCUCUGAUAACAGAUGAUGUCUGGUACAUUUCCUCUGUCUCUCCCUUAAAUACUGUAGCAUGUUUUAAAGACUUCAUAACGACUAAUGACUUUUCAAGAAAUGCUUGAAAUUGUUGUAGAAAUGUUGCAUUUACAUCUGAAGCAGCAAACAGUAUGUUACAAGAAUAAAAGGUCUUCAGUCUUCACAAUGCUUAUUGUGAAGCAAACAUUGCCAUCCAGUGGCUAAACUGCAGCAUGUAGUAACAUCAGAUGACUGUAAAUACUAACAUACAAAAAUAAAAGCUCUUUAUGGCCUUUAUUCUGUUACAUUUCUUUCAAACAAAAAUAUGAACACAUUUGAAUAUCACUCAGUAGUUGUCCAUGGAGUGCCUCUAAAAAACAUCACAUCAGAAAGUUGUUUAACUCUCAUUGUCAUCCACUUCUAUCCUCUCAUCUUCCUGAGCAGCUUUAUUGGUUUCCUUUAUAUCCUUCACACUUGUCCACUCUUCUGUCUGGAUGUAUUCUUGCUGCUGCUUUAUGUCGGAGCUCAGAGCACGACUCCUCCUUUUCACAGAGAGAAAGAAACAAAUCAUAUGAUGCUCUUCUAGAUGUAAUAAUACCAUUAGGACAAACAUGAUUUAACAACCAGUACCUGGAAUUUUACACGACGGAUGCGUUGUGUUAUCAGUUUAUCCACAGCUCUUCAGUGCUGUUGUACAGUAAAGCUUUUUUGAGCAGUGCUAUUGUCUACAGAGCCCACUAAGAACCAAUUCACUCUUAACUGAUUCAUUCAUACUUUCCUCAUGUAGCAUCAUUUAACCAUAACAAAGCUAUUAAAUAUGGAAAACUACCACUUACAUUGUUAUGUAUGCAAGGAUGAUUAUUGCAGUAAGGAGAAGGGCACAAGUUGAGGUGAUGAGUAUAGCCUUUACUGGAAUAAAAAGGAAAGGGAAAAGACAUUAGUCAUAAGAAACAAAAGUCACA